UCGCAUCGUACGUCAUAGACGUGUUAAGUGCAAUGUUUUUGUCGGAUUAAUUAAUACCGUAGCCAUGACCGCGGCGAACGAGCGAUCUCGCUCAUAAUCUUCCUUCCGGCGCUUCUUUUUCCGCUAGAGGCGCGUUGCGCGUCGUCGUUGCGGACGUCGCAGUUGCAGGCGCAGUUGCAGUCGCGACUCGAGGGGAUUGCACGCUCGUUCCACGUUGUCUUAUAUGUCGUGAGGAUCGCCGCGAAUGAUCAAUGGUAUAUCGUACUUUGCGUCCGCACUUCUGACCUGUCCGCGACAUCGUCCCUAUGUGACAUCCCUUUUACGUCUGUAUUCGCGCAUGACACGGUUCGCGCCUUCGACGAGGACAAGGUAAUUCGCGACAGUGAACAGCGUGUUCGAGACACGUACGAAUGUCGGGAAACGGUUGUUAGCACUAUGCACUUCUCUACCUACAUUCCUCCGCGCAUCACGCUCUAAUUGUCGCCUACGUUAUAAUUCAUUAUUGUAAUGGACUGAUACGUCUGCUAUGCGAACAAUCGUUCGAGAAGAAGAUUUGCAAUGAGUUCGCAACCGAUUGUGGUACCUGGUGGAGACCAUCGUCCUCCUACAGAAGCACAUUCUGUACCAGUUGGGAGUUCAACAGAUACUUUUAAAACCAUGACACCACCAAAUGUCAGCAGAUCUUUCAGUCAACCAGCAGAUCGACAUCUUCGACGAAGCAGCAUCCAAGCACAGUCUACACCAUUACCUAAACUUCCAUCAACUGAGUCCCUUUCAACAAGCAUAAAUAAUACAGCUGGUGCACCUCCAAUGUCUCCAGGAUUAUCUGUAAUGGGUGAAGGUAGUCAAAAAGUCGAUAACUCUUCGGACAAGUCAUUGGAUUCUUGUAAAUUGACGCGAAAAGAAUCUUAUAAAGCACAGAGAAAAAAUUACCGAAUGGAAAAGAAAAGAGUUGCCAAUGAGCUUUUAAGUUCUUUUAAAGAUCCAACUGUUAUUGUUAUGAGCGAUUGGCUAAAAGUACGUGGCACACUAAAAAGUUGGACCAAAUUGUGGUGUAUUUUGAAACCUGGAUUAUUAUUGCUGUACAAAAGUCCAAAAACAAAGAGUAACCAUUGGGUAGGGACGGUACUACUUAAUACAUGUCAAGUUAUAGAGCGUCCAAGUAAAAAAGAUGGAUUUUGUUUUAAAUUAUUUCAUCCUUUGGAACAAUCUAUAUGGGCCCCACGAGGACCUGAAAAUGAAACUAUUGGCGCUGUUAUGCAACCUCUACCGACAUCCUACUUAAUUUUCCGAGCUCCAUCCCAAGCAGCAGGCAAAUGUUGGCUAGAUGCACUUGAAUUAUCGUUACGCUGCUCUUCGUUAAUAGUUCGUUCGACAAGUGUGUUACCACGUACAUUACCACACGAUACAACCACCACUCAUGAAACUCAAUGGAGCGAAGCAGAUUAUGAGAAGCAUUUUGAUGAUCACGACCUGGACGAUAUCAGUCAACCAGAGAAUGGAGUAGCAGCUGAUGCUGAAAUCAGUGCUUCGGAUAGCGAAUCCGAGGCAUCGGCCAAAGAAGAUCAAUCAGAACCAAUCACUGAAACACCAUAUGUAUCUAACGAGAAUGAAGUUCUUGGAGCGGCUGGAGAAGUUGUCGCAGAAUUACAAGAAGAGCAAAAGUCUUUAAUAUGGUUCUUACUGAAACAAGUUCGUCCUGGUAUGGAUUUGUCUAAAGUUGUAUUGCCAACUUUUGUAUUAGAACCACGUUCAUUUCUGGAAAAACUGGCCGACUCAUAUUAUCACGCUGAUAUAUUGUCCCAAGCAGUAUUGGAAGAUGAUGCAUUUACGCGUAUGAAAACUGUAGUGAAAUGGUACUUAUCAGGAUUUUACAAGAAACCACAAGGUCUAAAAAAGCCGUACAAUCCACUUUUGGGUGAAACAUUCCGCUGUUAUUGGCAACAUCCUAAUGGUUCAAGAACAUUCUACUUAGCCGAGCAAUUAUCGCACCACCCACCUAUCUCAGGAUUCUAUGUAACAAACCGUCAAGACGGAUUUACUAUUAGCGCUACAAUUAUUGCAAAGUCUAAAUUUUAUGGAAAUUCAACCUCUGCAGUCUUGGAUGGAGUUGCUAUAUUAACAAUGCUGCCAAGAGGUGAAGAUUAUACAAUGACAAUUCCGUAUGCGCAUUGUAAGGGUUUACUUAUGGGAACGUUAUCAAUGGAACUCGGUGGAAAAGUAAACGUAAUAUGUGAGAAAACCGGUUACCAUUCAGAAUUAGAAUUUAAACUGAAGCCGUUCCUCGGCGGUGCAGAAUUAAUGAAUCAAGUCGUGGGACGAAUACGUCUAGGAAAAGAAACUCUUGCUAUUAUAUCUGGAUAUUGGGAUGGACAGAUUUCAAUAACGGAUAAGCGAACAGGGCAAGAAAAUAUAUUCUUCAAUCCAACACCAGAAAUACGUAAGAAAAGAUUAAAGAAAUAUACCGUUCCUAUGGAAUAUCAGGGACCAUGGGAAAGCGAAAAAUUGUGGCACGCUGUUACAGUAGCUAUUGAUAAUGAUGAUCAAUAUGCUGCUACUCAAGCGAAAACUCAACUUGAAGAAGCACAAAGAGAACGUGCUAAGGAGCGGAAAAUCUUAGGGCAGGAAUGGGUUCCAAAAUACUUUGUUCAAGAUAUUAUAACAGGUAAUUGGGUUUAUCGCCAUGCUGAUGUAAGACCAUGGGAUCCGAGAAACGAUGUAGUACAAUAUGAAGAAAAUUAUAUAGUGCGCACAAAGACUAGACACAAAACACCUAUUAUGCGUACUGGUAGUAUUGUUUCUACUGAACCACAAUCACAGAUUCCACUGUUACAAGCUGAAUCACGUUCUUCCUUAUCGGUGCUCAAAUCUUCAAAGAGACAGCUAUCUAACAAUAUGCCUCUGACAGAAACAGCUCAUGAUUCUGGGAGUUCAUCUGCGGAAGCACACACUGAUUCUAGUCAAUCAUUAGGGAAAAGAAGACGUUCAACUGCUAGGAUAAUAGAUAUAAUAAAAGAGGUAGAACAUCAAAUGCUAGAGCAUGGUGAGAAACUGAAUCGUAUACAAUACAUCGUAGAGCAAACUGCAAAGAAGCAAAGAGAAUAUGCUGAACUGCAACAUAACAAAAGCUUUCUUAAAAGUUGCGUGGAUAUUAUAUUUAUACUAAUUACUUUUUUCUUUAUGUUGUAUUUUGCAAAUAUAUGGAUUCGUAAUUCAACUAAAGGUUAAACAAAAUGGUAAGGUUGUUUCGUAUCUUUUGCGUUAUCAAUGUUAUCUUAUUAUCAAUAAGUUAUAUACAUACAUUA